AUGCUAAAAGAAAUUGGAGAACAAAAUACUAAAAAUGCCCCAAUUUUAUUGCUUCAAAAUAAAAGUGAUUUGGUGCCUAGAAGUAAUGGAGGGGAUACUCCUCCCUCCCCAGCAUUAUUGAAGGAUGAAGAAAAGGAUGAACAAUUGCUGGUUUCUUCUGUUAGAAGAAUGAGGAUCUCUGCAAAAAAUUUGGAACAAGUAAAAGGCGCAUUUUCUUGGUUAAUAGAAGAAUUAGUAAGGCGUUCAGAAAAUAUUUUUUCCUCGACCCAAAUUGACGGAAAACAACGCCCAACCAUUAUAACAACAGAAAAUAACAAUGGAAUAAUUAAAGGAAGAAAAAGAAAUGGAAGUGGGCCAACUACAGGAUUUUUACCUUCAAAUAAUGGUAAAAUAGCUUUGUUAACCAGAAGAAGACAGUCAAUGCCGUCGAGAAGGACUGCUAGCGAAUUGGGGAUAGAUGAACAGGCGUUGAAACAGUUUAUGAAGAGGUGA